ACAGUAGGUAGGAUUCUGAAUAAUUUAUGAAGGGAUUUUUAAGACUGAAAAAAGCCAUCACUACAGGGCAUAUAUACAGGUAAUUGUCCAUUUCGAGCAGGAAAAUUUGCCCAGAUAAAUCAAGCAAAACUACAACAAACGUCAAAAAACUGGCAUAGCAUCGUCCCCCGGGUCCCUUACAAUUUUCGCAGCCGAGCAGCCAUGCCUCGUUCUUUUCUGGUGAAGAGUAAGAAGUCACCGUACAGCCGUCACCGGUUUGCGGACGAGGUGCAGCCCGAACUAAGAGACUCGUCAGAAGCAGCACGUACCGCAAAACUGUUGCCGUCAGAGCCUCAGGACCAGGAUGCCCUGGGGCAGUCCCAGCCAGAGGCGCGCCCCGGACUCCCCGACCCUGACCCCUACCCCUAUGUCAAAUCCAAGCAGGAUGCAGACUGUGCCGUACCCACUCACCCGGAUGCCAGCGUGAACCCCGUCCACUCCGAGGCCACCUAUUACACCCCAGAGCCCCAGCUCCCUGAGUUUCCCUCAUACUACAAGCCCCCCUUUUCCUGGGACCCCCUGCGCUCCCCCUAUGACUUUCGGCAGAUGGGCUUCCCCCCUUCUCUCCUGCAGCACGCAAGCUCCCUGUAUGGGGCGCACAUCAAACAGAGCCCCGACCCUGCCCAGCCCCUGGACUGCAGCACCCACUACUCCCCCACCUCUGACACCUACCACUGCAUCACCUGCGACAAGGUGUUUUCCACCCCCCACGGGCUGGAGGUUCACGUGCGGCGGUCCCACAGCGGCACACGGCCGUUCGGCUGCAGCGUCUGCCGCAAGACCUUUGGCCACGCCGUCAGCCUGGAGCAGCACAUGAACGUCCACUCACAGGAGAGAAGCUUCGAGUGUAAGAUGUGUGGGAAGAGCUUCAAGCGCUCAUCCACGCUGUCCACCCACCUGCUCAUCCACUCAGACACCCGGCCCUACCCCUGCCAGUUCUGCGGAAAGAGGUUCCACCAGAAGUCCGACAUGAAGAAGCACACCUACAUCCACACAGGAGAGAAGCCGCAUAAGUGCCAGGUGUGCGGCAAGGCCUUCAGUCAGAGCUCCAACCUCAUCACCCACAGCCGAAAGCACACGGGCUUCAAGCCCUUCGGCUGUGAGAUCUGCUCCAAGGGCUUCCAGCGCAAGGUGGAUCUGCGCAGGCACCAUGAGAGCCAGCAUGGCAUUAAAUGAGAAGGAGAGAGAGGGCAGAGCAGCCGCUACGGGAACAGGCAUGGUGUUCAUUCAGGAGGGGAUGAGGACAGAGUAGCCACCAUGAGAGCAAGCCAGGCAUACAUUCAGAAGGAGGGGAGAGCAGAGUAGAAAGGU